AUGAGCACGAAUGGGUCUUCAGAUGACUUCGAUUCAGACUCUGAAAUAGAAGAUACAUCUUCAGAAAGGUAUUCAACAAGCAGUGACAGUUCUUCAGAAUAUUCAGAUGUGUGUCUAGAGGAUUACACUUCGAGCCUCGAAUGCACUGAUGAUGGCUCAUGUAAUAGCGGCAGUGGAACAGAAAUUGAAGACGACAAGCAAGUGAUAUUUAACUUCUAUAAAACUCUUUCAGUGGAACUAUUACAAACGUUCUCUAUCGAAUCUUGGGAAGUAUAUUAUUCAGUACAAAAUAUUUUAAGAAAUUAUAGGUAUGUACGUGAUGGUACUUUGCCUACAGAAAUAGAUUAUACGAAGAAAAGUAAUUGUAUUGGAUACCUGCACCGCUAUGCCGCUUGCCACACAGCUUUAGUAUUUGAUGCUGUAACCGAUAUCUUUAAUUCUUCAUUUUCUGAUGUUUUAUCGCCCAAGUUAAAUAAAAAGAGUUUGAAUGUGAUGUUUCUAGGAGGCGGUCCCGGUAACGAUUUCGUGGGAUUUUUGACUGCAUUACACGAUCAUCAUCGCCACCUGUUUGAUUUGAACGUCAGCAUUGUGGACAAGGACUCCGGAUGGGAAGACAUAUUUAAUGAAACCAUGGAGAUUCUGAGGCAAGGUCAAGGAGGAAAAGCUGGUUCUUUCUUUGAUGAAGUAAACGUUAUAACAACUUUCAUUACAGCUGAUCUGAAAAAUGCUGAAGAAUGGGAUGAAAGUUUGCAAAUUAAGCUUCAAAAUGCUGAUAUCGUAUUCUUCGUUAAAGUUUUAUCCCACAUCCCGGAUGACGAUAAGCCACAAGUUUUACAGAAUGUCGUCAACUGUAUGAAAGUUGAAUCUCUUCUCAUUUAUAUCGACUAUCCCUAUCCACAUGGAGUGUUUGCGGAUCUGUGCAUUGAACUGAAAGCUGUAUAUCAAUCUUUCAAAACGAAAUAUUAUUUGGGCCAUAAAGAUUAUGCCUUCGGAUGUAACAAUAUUGAUAAUUGUAGUGCUAAAACAGUAGUAUUUCUUAGACAAGUAUUCUAGCAAUUUUUUUCGUCUGAAUUUAUAAUUUGCAUGAGAGGUCUUUUAAUGUAAAAGAUAUAUUGGCAAGUAUUUAUUUCAUUGGCCUGAGGUGAACGAUGUGAAGAUUCGUUUACUUUAUCAAAACAAUAUUUGAUAUGUAUAAAUUUAUGCUACUUAUGUAUGAAUUCGUCCUUACUUGCAUUUCUCCCAUGGAAAAAGAAAGGCAAGUAACGAACGGCAUUCUCUUGAAUAUACAACUAUUGUUAGUUGAAUAUUAAAUCCUUAUCCGUUUUUGGUAUUCAGACUCGUGCAUCAAAUAAUCUUAAACUUAUUUUUAACUGUGAUAGGAGAUGGUUUUUCAUAGACCUAUUAAUAUUGCUCCUUAAUUACAUUUGAUCUAGUGCAGUUGGGUAAUCUCGAUCAAGUAAUUUUGAUAAGGCGAAAGUGUAAUUGCUUAGUCAAACCGAUUUUGUGCCAUCUAACUUUCACUUAAGAUAGGAGCUCUAAUAAAUGACGGUAGGUUGUCUUUCUGGGACUUUUAGGAGAAAUUGACCCACAUUAACGUUUUGGUUGGAGAAAACAUUUAAAAUCCAGCACAGCCGUGAUGAACAGCGUUGCAAAAGUUCAUACCGUUUACUAGUUUUGAAUAAUGCUUGUUAAGACCGUCUGAGGAUGAAAUUCUCAACCUUGCGAGUUUAUAGAUAUUAUUAUUCCAUAUGUAAACAAUCAACGCAUUUUAUAAGUAAUUCAAGUGCAAUUUGAACUUUUAACUGAAUAAAAACAGUACUUUCCAAAACGUAAUGAUUGUUUACUCUUAUCAGACAGAAAAAAAUAAACUGUUAUGAUAUUCAGAAGUGUGAGAAAUAUUCACGAUUUUUCAAAGAUAUGUGUACAGACACUGAUUAAGUAUUUUUUUCAACGAUUUUAAUGCAAUAAAAAUCAGAUUUUUACAUACAAAUCUUGUCCUUUAAAUGUUGUAUUUGAUUUGCCUAUUUUUCAAAUAUUAUUAUUAAUAUAAAUACAGAUACUGAUUAUGUAUUUUUUUAGAGAUUUUAAUGCAAUAAAAAUCAGAUUUUUACAUACAAAUGUUGUCCUUUAAAUGUUGCAUUUGAUUUGCCUG